ACUCAAGCAUCUUAGCAUCAUCAACUUGUAGUGUUAUCACUCGGACACUCACUCGAGUCACUCCCAAUGCUACUCCAAAGAUGAUACCACAUCUCACCAUUACCUCCCUUUCCCACCACCCUUCACCCUUGUUCAUCCCUCUCUCACCUCCCCCUAAACCCUCGCAAACCCCUGCAUAUUCUCUCUCCUCCGCCCCCACCGCCGAUACCGGCCUCCAAUUCCGCCGGAAACUCAUCUACCUCGAAUCCCUAAACGUCAAUUCCCUCAAAGCCCUCCGCCAAAACCCCCAAUUUCGUUCUUCCUCUCUUGAAACCCUAAAAUCCGUCGAAAAUUGUCUCCUUUCUUUCGGAAUUCCUCGUUAUUCACUUGGCCGGAUUCUUGACAUGUACCCUCAACUCCUCACCUUCGAUCCCCACCUCAAUCUUUACCCAAUUUUCGAUUUUCUCAUUAAUGAGCUUCAAUUACCCUUUCCUGACGUCAGCAAAGCCAUUAUCCGUUGCCCUAGAUUGCUCGUUUCUAGUGUUGAUCUUCAAUUGCGUCCCACUUUUUUGUUUUUGCGGAAAUUAGGCUUUGUGGGUGAGGAUAAAAUCGAUUGUCAUACCUCUGUUUUGUUGGUUUCCAGUGUUGAAAAUACCCUAAUUCCUAAAAUGGAGUUUUUGGAAAGUUUAGGGUUUUUGGAAUUUGAGGUGGUUAAUAUGGUACUCAGGUCACCUGGGCUGCUAACUUAUAGUAUUGAGAAUAAUUUUAAGCCGAAAGUUGAGUACUUUGUGAAGGAAAUGAAGAGGGAUUUGAAGGAAAUUAAGCAGUUUCCGCAGUAUUUUUCGUUUAGUUUGGAAGGGAAGAUAAAGCCGCGGCAUCGAUUGUUGGUGGAGCAUGGGUUUUCAAUGCCGCUUAGGGAUAUGCUGAAGGUUAGCGAUGGCGAAUUCAAUGUUCGGUUGCUUCGGAUGAGAUUGCAGCUUAUUAAACAGUUGUAGUAAGUUGCAUUCCCUUUUUUUGUACAUUGUACUUAUAGAAUCAUAGUUAGACAUAUGUUGAUUUAUGUGUGGUAUGGUUUUUUGUAUAUUUUGCCUCGAUUAGAAAGUUUUUCUUUGUAAAAUUGUAGCAAAUGAUUGGAGCAAUGGCAGAAAUGCAAUAUUUGUGUAUCAACAUGCUUUGUAUAUUGUAAUUGUCCUUACAUAUUACAUUGAGUGAUGGUGAUAUACACGAAUUCCUGGGUGUAUGAUUCGGGUGAAUAAUGUAUGUAUGUUAAUUAAUCUUGUUUCUUUGUUUGACAUCAUGGAUUAA